AUGAACCUGCUGUUUUACGUCGGCACGCUGAGGCCGCCAGGCCUAGUCUUUCUCGGCAACCUCGCUCUACCGUGGCUUUGGCGGGAGUCGGAGGCGAGGUUCCUGCAGGGAGAGGUGCCUGGUUCCCAGAUCUUAGAGACUCACCUUGACACUAUGCUGGAAUCUGGAUCCCAAACCCAGAAGAGGAGCAGCCACAGUGGCCCAGAGGCUAGCCUGUGUUCCUCAGGCUUUAGUAUGAAGCUGGAGGCUGUCACCCCAUUUCUGGGCAAGUAUCGCCCCUUUGUGGGUCGCUGCUGCCAGACCUGCACCCCUAAAAGCUGGGAGUCCUUCUUCCACAGGAGCCUGAUGGACCUGGGCUUCUGCAAUGUGAUCCUGGUGAAGGAGGAGAAUACCAGGUUUCGGGGCUGGCUGGUUCGCAGGCUUUGCUGUUUCCUGUGGUCCCUGGAGCAGCACAUCCCCCCCUGCCUGGAUGCCUCACAGAAGAUCAUGGAGAGCACUGGGGUGCAGAGCCUCCUCUCAAGGAGAGCCCCGGGACGGGCUGGGAAAGGCCAGCAGCCCGCAAUGGUGCAGAGGGAGGUGAGGCGCAUCCUGGGCCAAGUCUGGGCCCCACCCCGCACCUUCCUGCUCAGGCUGUUCAGCUGGGCGCUGCUGCGGCUCCUGAACUGCCUCUUCCUGAAUGUGCAGCUCCACAAAGGCCAGAUGAAGAUGGUGCACAAGGCUGCCGAGGCGGGCUCACCGCUCAUCCUCCUCUCCACUCACAAGUCGCUCCUGGAUGGGCUCCUGCUGCCCUUUGUGCUGUUCUCCCAGGGCCUGGGCGUGCUUCGCGUGGCGUGGGACCCCCGCUCCUGUUCCCCUGCCCUCAGAGCUCUGCUGAGGAAUCUUGGGGGCCUUUUCCUGCCUGCAGAGGCCAACCUCUCCCUGGACAGCUCUGAGGGGGUCAUUGCGAGGACUGUGGUCCAUGCUGCUGUGGAGCAGCUGCUGGGCAGUGGGCAGCCCCUGCUCAUCUUCCUGGAGGAAGCUCCUGGAGCCCCAGGGCCACGGCUAUCAGCCCUGGGCCAAGCCUGGCUGGGGCUGGUGGUACAGGCGGUGCAGGCAGGCAUAGUCCCUGAUGUUACACUGGUGCCAGUGGCCGUCACGUAUGACCUGGUUCCAGAUGCAUCAUAUGACAUGCACCACGCCUCGGCCCCCCUGGGGCUGUGGACCGGAGCUCUGGCUGUCCUGAGGAGACUCUACAGCUGCUGGGGCUGCGGCCACAAGGUCUGCGUCCGAGUGCACCUUGCCCAGCCCUUCUCCCUGCAGGAAUAUACCACCAACGCCAGAAGCUGCUGGGGCGACAAGCAGACCCUGGAGCACUUGCUGCAGCCAGUCGUGUUGGGCCAGUGUACCACUGUCCCAGACACUGAGAAGGAGCAGGAGUGGACCCCAGUCACCGGGCUGCUCCUGGCCCUCAGGGAGGAGGACCAGCUCCUGGUGAGGAGGCUGAGCUGCCAUGUCCUGAAUGCCAGUGUGGCGAGCUCGGCAGUGAUGAGCACGGCCAUCAUGGCGACGCUGCUGCUGUGCAAGCACCGAAAGGGUGUGGCCCUGUCCCGGCUGCUGGUGGAGUUCUCCUGGCUGACGGAGGAGACGCUGCUGCGUGGCUUUGAUGUGGGCUUCUCGGGGCAGCUGCGGAGCCUGGUGCAGCAUACACUGAGCCUGCUGCGGGCACGUGUGGUCCUGCUGCGGGUCCAGCAAGGGGACCUGCUGGUAGUCCCAAGGCCUGGCCCAGGCCUUGUACACCUGGCACACCUGAGUGCUGAGCUGCUGCCCGUCUUCCUGAGCGAGGCAGUGGGUGCAUGUGCUGUGCGGGCGCUGCUGGCAGGGAGAGUGCCACCUGAGGGGCCCUGGGAGCUGCAGGGUGUAGAGCUGCUGAGCCAGAGGGAACUGUACCACCAGGUCCUGCUGUUGCUGCACCUGCUGCCCAGGGACCUGCUACUGUUGAAGCCCUGCCAGUCUUCCUACUGCUACUGUCAGGAGGUGCUGGACCGGCUCAUCCAGUGCGGGCUCCUGGUUGCUGAGGAGACCCCAAGCUCUUGGCCAGCCUGUGACACAGGGAGACAGCGUUUGAGUGCAAAAUUGCUGUGGAAACUAAGUGGGGACUUCAGUGACAGUGACAGUGAUGACUUUGAGGAGGCUCAGGGCCAGUGCUUCAGGCUCAGCGAGCAGUCACGCUGCCCUGACUUCUUCAUCUUCCUCUGUCACCUGCUCAGGCCACUGCUCAAAGCUUUCGCCCAGGCUGCUGCCUUCCUCCACCAGGCACGGCUGCCCGACACUGAGUCGGGCUAUGUGGAGCAGCUGCUUGAGUUCCUGCAGACCACCGCCCAGGAGGAAGGGCUGUUUGAGUAUGCGGACCCAAGCCUUGCCAUCAGCGCUGUCUGGACCUUCAGAGACCUGGGGGUACUGCAGCAGACACCCAGCCCUGCAGGUCCACAGCUCACCCUUUCCCCCGCGUUUGCCAGCCAGGACAGCCAGGACAGACUGGAACAGUUCAUCCGACAAUUUGUGUAGCUAGGAUGCAGGGUAGAGCCUGAUCUGAGCCUCCUUGGCCCAGAGGUUAUGGGCCCCAUAACCUUCACUGGACUAUAAAGUCUGUCCUCUUACUUGUUUGUCAUUCCCUAAGUAAUAUAAUGAUUUAUAGAGCAUUCAUAUCAUAUUAGGUAUUACAAGUAAUCUAGGGAAAUGGGAAGAUAUGCAUAGGUUAGAUGCAAAUACUAAGCCAUUUUAUGAGACUUGAUUAUCUACAGAUUGUUGUAAUCUUGUGUGUACAGAUGUAUCUGUGUGUAUGUAAAAUACACAUCAGGUGUUUCAUUUAAAUGAAUAAAAUGCCUAUGAUUAAAAAAAAGUCUGUACUCUCAUUGUCUCUGUCC